AAUCUUAAUUUGUUAUUUUCUUUACGGAUAUGGAUUACUAUCGAGAUGUAUUGAGAGAGAGGGACGUGUAUAAAUCGAGAGAGAGACAGAGAGAGAUGGAGGAAGGGUAAUUAAGCAGAUCGAUCAACAAUGGAGAUAGAGACGCCGAACGCAAGCAAGAAGACGAAGAAAGGUCUUCUCGUUCUCAAUGCAAUCCUUCUAACGAUAGGAAAUUGCGUAGGACCUCUGGUGAUGCGCCUGUAUUACAUCCACGGCGGCGAGCGAGUGUGGCUAUCGAGCUGGCUGGAAACGGCCGCCUGGCCGUUGAUCUUCAUUCCUCUCACCAUAACCUACUGGCAACGGCGCCGGAAGGAAGGCCCGGCGAAUGCAAAGUUCUUCUUCAUGAAGUGGCCGCUGUUCCUCGCCGCCGCAGGCCUCGGCGUGAUUACCGGCUUCGACGACUACUUCUACGCCUACGGAUUCUCGCGGCUGCCGGUUUCCACGGCCGCGCUGAUCAUCGCGGCGCAGCUAGGGUUCACAGCGGUGUUCGCUUACUUCCUGGUGAAGCAGAAGUUCACGGCGUAUUCGAUCAACGCCGUGGUGCUGCUCACCAUCGGAGCCGGCGUCCUGGCUAUGCACACCAACAACGACCGGCCGGCCGGGGAGACCAGCCGGGAAUAUUACACAGGGUUUCUGAUGACGGUGGCCGCGGCCGUCUUGUACGGUUUACUCCUGCCAUUGGUGGAAUACACGUACGUGAAGACGAAGCAGGCCGUAACCUACACGCUAGUGAUCGAGAUCCAAAUGGUGAUGUGCCUCUUCGCCACCGUCGUCUGCACCGUCGGAAUGUUCAUCAACAACGAUUUCAAGGCAAUACCGAUCGAAGCGAAAGCAUUCGAGCUGGGGACAACAACAUACUACGUGAUACUAGUGUGCAGCGGCAUAAUCUGGCAGUGCUUCUACAUGGGAGCGAUCGGAGUCAUCUUCUCCGACUCCUCCCUCCUCUCCGCCAUCAUCAUCGCCGUCCUCCUCCCCGUCACCGAAGUCCUCGCCGUCAUCUUCUACCACGAGAAGUUCCAGGCCGAGAAAGGCCUCUCCCUCGUCCUCUCCCUCUGGGGCUUCACUUCCUACUUCUAUGGCGAGCUUCAGCACCCCAAUAAAGUCGGCAAGACCCGGUCGCCUGACCCGGACAUGCAGAGGAUCGUAACGAUCCCGUGACGACGAGCGCGCCAACCAACCGCCGUUCCUGUCUAUAUAACUCGGUCAUACGCAGUGCUCAUGAAUCGGAGCACCGAAACCUGAACCAUUCCCGGUGGCCAUCAAAUUAAUUAUUUAUUAGGUUUAAGAAUAAUCUUCUUAUAGGAGUUAGUUUUACUUGGUAAUGAUGAUGGAGCUGGAUUUGUGGGAAGAAAGGGAUCGGUUUGAUGAAAGAGCAAAAAAUUAUCAAUGCAGGCUGCUUCCUCCUACUCUUGGUCUUCAUGCCGCCGCCGCCGCCGCUGCUGGUGUUGGUGGAGGUGGAAUGGCUUUGGUUAAUUCUCCUUUGAUAUACAUAUGAUAUGAUGAUUCAAGGAUGUUGAUAUAUAUAUAUAUAUAUAUAGCUUCUUUAUCCGAUUUGUAGUGGUUAAUUUUCUUCCUUUUUCAAACAAAAUGAAAAUUAA